GGUGGUGAUGGUGGUGGUGGUGGUGGUGAUGGUGUUUUUGAUGAUGAUGAUGGUGGUUCGGAUGGCGGUAAUGACGUUGGUGGUGAUGGUGGUGGUGAUGAUGUUGGUGAUGGUGGAGAUGGUGGUGUUGAUGGUGGUGUUGAUGGUGGUGUUUAUUGUGAUGAUGUUGAUGGUGGUGGUGGUGGUGUUGGUAGUGGUGAUGGUGGCGAUGGUGGUGGUGAUGGUGUUUGUGAUGGUGCUGGUGAUUGUGGUGAUGAUUAUGAUGUUGGUGGUUGUUAUGGUGGUGGUGAUGAUGAUGGUGGUGGUGUUGGUAUUGGUGAUGUUGGUGGUGGUGGUGAUGGUUGUGUUGUUGAUGGUGGUGGUGGUGAUGGUGUUUUUGAUGAUGGUGAUGGUGGUGGUGAUGGUGUUGGUGAUGGUGAUGAUGGUGAUUUUAGUGGUGGUGAUGAUGAUGGUGGUUGCGGUGAUGAUGUUGGUGGUGAUGAUGUUGGUGGUGAUGAUGUUGGUGAUGGUGGUGUUGAUGGUGUUGAUGAUGAUGGUGGUGGUGGUGAUAAUGGUGGUGGUGAUGAUGAUGGUUGUGGUUUUCGGGGAGGAAAAGUAGAUUAG